GUGCUGUAGUUUAGUUUGAAUAUUCUAAUCUCUCGAUAUACGAAAAAAGAACUCAACGUGUGCUUGUCGCAUCAUUUCAAGCAUGGAUCCAUACUCAACUGAACUGUUAUGGAUGGUCAUCGUUGGAUUCAUUCUCGCAUUUUUCCUGGCAUUCGCUAUUGGUGCUAACGAUGUCGCCAAUUCGUUUGGUACUAGUGUCGGAUCGGGUGUGCUCACAUUCAAACAGGCUGUCAUCCUUGCAGCCAUAUUUGAGACGGCUGGAUCAGUGCUAAUUGGUUACAAAGUCACUGACGCUAUACGAAAAGGUGUUGUGGACGUAAGCGUUUACGAAGGCUCCGAAAAUGUGCUGGUCCUUGGCAUGCUAUCGUCACUGAUUGGAAGUACAAUUUGGAUUUUCAUUGCAACGUUCGCCAAUGCCCCAGUUUCUACGACACAUUCGCUUGUUGGUGGUAUAGUUGGCUUCAGUUUAGUGGCACGCGGAGGUGAUGGAAUGAAUAUCACACAAUUGAUAAAUAUUGUCAUCAGUUGGUUCGUUAGUCCGGCCCUUAGUGGUGUCGUGGCCAUUGCCAUUUAUACCCUCAUUAAGUUCCUUAUAUUGAGAGCUAGCAAUCCAUUGAAGGCUGGACUCAUAAGUCUACCAAUCAUUUACGGUCUAUCGUUUUUCAUCAACUUUUUGGCUAUAACAUUCGGCGGAAGUCAAUUGCUCGGCAUGUCCAAUCUGACGACGUGGAUGUGUUUCGUUAUAUCAAUCGGUGUGGCAUUGGCAGUUGCCCUGAUUGUACAGUUCGCUAUGGUACCAUGGCAGCGAAAGAAGGCGCUCGGCGUUUUGGACGCAAAUGACAAAGCCACAAUUCAAGCGCACACUCAGUACCAAAUUAACACUGCAUUGUCCUUGGAAAAUGGUAAAAUCGAUCAAGGACUCCAAUCGAAGGACGUCGAAGUGGCUGUAAUCGAUAACACAAAUCAUUCCACACCGAAUGGCAGUACAGUUGCGCUUGAUGCAUCCUUGGUCGAAGAAAAAUCAGCAAUUGUGGAAACAUUGUUCCAUUAUCUUCAGAUAUUAUCAGCAAUCUUCACGGCCUUUGCACAUGGUGGAAAUGAUGUGUCUAACUCAAUCGGUCCUCUAAUUACUAUAUGGAUGGUGUAUGUAGAAGGAUCAGCAACGCAGAAAUCUGAAUCGCCAAUCUAUCUGCUCUUCUAUGGAGGCAUCGGUAUGGUAAUUGGUUUCGCACUACUCGGCCGAAGAAUCAACGAAACGAUUGGCAAGAAAAUCACCAAAAUUGUACCUUCGACUGGCUUCACGAUAGAAACUUCCGCGGCAGCCACAGUAUUACUCGCUAGUAAAAUUGGCGUUCCCGUCUCGACCACCCAUUGUAUCGUUGGAGCAGUUGUGUCUCUGGGCAUUGUGCAUGGACAGACGGAAGGUGGUGGGAAGCAAGUGAAUUGGAGACUGGCUCUAUCAAUGUUUUCUGCUUGGGUGAUAACGCUGCCCGUGGCUGGUGGCAUAAGCGCACUUGUGAUGUAUUUCUUUAAAUUAGGAUUCGGUUUUUAAGUUGAUUUUAGUGUUAGGUCUCCGACUUCGUAUUUAUUUUCAAAAAA